AUGGCCUUAUCUUCAUCAAAGAUUACUACUGAAUGUAAUGAAGUUGGAACUUCUAAAUCUAAUCCUACUUAUCAAACAUAUUAUCAGCAAAACGUUGACCAACAUCAAAGAUCUCUUGACGAACAACUUGAUUGGUUAACUGUUGAUCAUGAUGAUUUACGACAAGAUCUUUUAGAACAAAUUUUAACACCAAAAUAUCAUCCUUCAAUGACUGUUAUUGAUAGAUGGGAACAAGAAAGUAUAGCAUGUAUUCGACGUACGGCUGUUCUUGCUCGACGAGCACUUAUUGAUGCUUUAGAUCAACAUGUAUUUGAAAUAAAAAAUAAAUUAGAUAUGUUGACACCAAAAUUACGUGAAGCACGUAAUAGUAUCAAAUCUUUCAAUGAAGAUGAUAUACGAAAAUGGGCAACGAUCUUACAAGAAUUAAAGCAAAUGCCACUAUUUCCUGUUACUAUUGAUAAACAAAAUAGUAUUCAUGGAUUAAUUAUUGAUCUUACGAAACAUCAACGAAUUGCUCAUUCUAAAUUAAAUUUUGAAGAAUCAACACCAUGUACUUUAAUUUCCAUUAUUCGUAAUCCUACUUAUGCAAUUUCGAUGUCUAAUAGAACUGAAUGUCAAGAAAAAUCUAAAAGUGUCCUAAGAAACACUCACCCAAAAAAUAAAACAGUAAAAUUUGAUGGUAUUUCUUCAAAUAGAUCAGAAACCAUUACACCAGGAGGAGUUCUCAUUAUUCGAGAAUAA